AUGUCAGGUUCACCAACAAAGACUGUCGAUGUCACCAUCAUCGGUGCUGGUCCCACCGGCUUGGCGAGUGCCGUACUUGCAAGACAGCUUGGAUUGACUGUCUGCAUUGUUGACCAAGGAGAUGAACCCCUCAAAGUCGGCCGCGCCGACGCCUUGAACAGUCGAACACAAGAUUAUUUUGAUAUGCUGGGUAUUCUUCCAAGUCUGCAAGAACUUGGUCUGAAAUGCAAUACAAGUUCGACUUUCGCAAAUGGGGAGUUCAUUUCUCGACAGAGCCACUGGUGGACGUCACUAAAGCACACCACAUAUCCAAACUUUCUCAUGCUUGGACAGCCUGUUAUUAUGCAGCAUCUUGCGAAGAUUUUGGAUACUCCAGUCAUAUACAAGAGCCAACUUCAAGACCUGAUUGAGACAGAAGACAAAGUAACUGCUGUACUUGAUAACAUGAUCGUUGAAAGCAAAUAUGUCAUUGGUGCAGAUGGAGCUAGGUCCAAGGCCCGCCAAAUUCUGAAUAUCCCUUUCGAAGGUACCAAGCCAGAAAUGGUGUGGGCCGUGCUUGACACAUUCUUGGACACAGACUUUCCUUUAUGUCCAGAAAUCAUUACCUUCCAAGUUGAUGGUCAAGCAAGAGUAUCGUGGAUUCCUCGGGAACGUGGACUGGCAAGAUUCUAUAUCUUAUUAGACGAUGAAAUCACACAGGAAAAUUCCGAGAAAGAGAUUCGCAAAUUCUUGGCCCCUUAUAGGGUCGACUUCCCGAAAACAGAGUGGUUUAGCACGUUCGAAAUCAAGGAACGUCUGGCAAGGUCGUAUUUCUCACCUGGCGGCCGUAUUGUUCUCGCAGGAGAUGCUGCCCAUGUACAUGCUGUCAAUGGUGGACAAGGCUUGAACACGGGAAUUUCAGAUGCAUUCGCCUUAGUUUGGAGGUUGUACCUGGGUACUAAAGGCUACGAGUCCUUGGUCAAGACCUAUGAACUUGAGCGAAGACAUAUUGCUGCUGAUGUGCUCUCCGUUGCUGCAAAAUUGGUCCGUAGUACCUUGCGAACUGCUACAGAGUACGUGGAGAUCGUGGAGAAAAACGCAGCUUAUAUCACAGGAGGAGGAAUCAAAUAUUUGAGAGAUACGAAGACCGUUUCAGGAGCGGAUGCCGACCCUUUUGUACCAGGAUAUCGUUGUCCUGACCUGACCCUCACCCGUGGUGAUGGUGCCACAGUUCGUUUGUAUCAAGUUCUCAAAUACAGCUCAUUUACGAUCCUCCGCGUCAAUAACGCCGAAGUCAAGAUUCCGGAGGCUGCUGUGCCAUUCUCCAAUGUCUGGGACUUAAUCAUUGACGAUAAAGCUGCUGAUGAUCAUACAGAAGAACAGGAGGUAGCUUCCAAAACGCUAUCAUAUAAUGGUACACCAUUGCCUGAAUGGGUUCAUGGGGUUGUGAUCCGACCUGAUGCUUAUGUAGGCUAUGUCGGAGAAGAUGCUGGCCAAUACCUCUCAGGAAUCUUCCAGAAUUAG